GAGCAGACAUUCAGAGAGCAAGAGCACAGCAGAGCUGCACGGCUCUUUCAUUUUGCAGCCCCUGUAUUUAUUAAUGAGCCUCUUCUAUCAACCUGCAGCAACAAAAACAACCUGCAUAAUAAACAAAAAGUGAAAGAGAGGGAAGUAACAUUUGCAGCUCAGUAAAUGGACUCAUUCCCUUAUUGUACAUGAAACAAACAGAACAUGAGCAUUCCUACCAGUUUUCAUGAACUAAGGGUCCAUGUUGACAGAGGAGAAACUGUUGGAAACAAAACCCUGAUCAGUUUUACCUCAUCUGGUAAUUCCAACCAAAUAAAAUCAGGUACCCACCAAGUAAAAAGAGGUUUUAUUGAGGUCACAAGGUUCAGCACAAGCUCUAUUCCUCCGCUUGUCUGCCAACGUGAUUCCACGGACAAGAUAGUGAUCUGUGGCUCAGAGCAGCAAUGCAUGGAGCCUGAACUUAGAGAGUUUGAACAUUUGGAUUACCAGGAGAUACACACAUUCUCGAGAAACAGAAGUGAGGACAAUGAACAAGAAGAAAAUGGAGAGAGUUAUAGAAAUGAAAAAGAGAGUCCCAUGUCCUUAUCUUCAAGUUCAACUGCCAGCUCUGCCUCAGUUGGUGUGAGAAGAAAUGACAACAGCAACAAAAUGGAAAGCAGAAUACAAAUGGACAAAGAGAAAAGGAUUGGCUGUCACAGCACUGAAGAAAUAGACAAAUAUAUCACAGGUUCUAGAGAGAAAAUGGGCACCCAGUCAAGCAAUGACAGGUGGAAAAGUGGUUUGAAGGAGUCAAAGUCUGAGACAAAUGUGUUUGUCUCCAGUCUGACAACUGUUGCUCUCAGUGGAAGCCUAUCUAGUGCUCUGAAUUCUAGUGGAGUUGUAUCCCUCACCUCUUUAUCCAAAUCCAAACCUUCUCCUAAUGUCAACAAUGCUACCUCAGCCCAUUCCAGCAGAAGGGCAGGCUCUGCAGAUGCCAAUCGGAAAUCUCCUCAAGAGAAAUAUGACUGUACUCAGUACUGUAGCCAGGAACAAAUACUAGAAGAGAGAAAUCACAGAAAUGGACUUUCCUCUGAUGGAGUCCUGGGCGGAAGAAGAAAGGCUCAAUUUGAGGAGAGGAUGUUGCCACCUCGACGGCAGCAAAUUGUCAGACCCCUCUGCCAAAUAGAGAUGGGAAGAGGGAGAAACUUGACAGAGUCUGAACUUCAGGAACCUGCAACAGUGUUACCCUCCACCCUGAGUGUCUCCUUAGAGUUACACACAAGUAGGUCAAACAAAAAGUUUGCUAAAUUGUCCCUACGGGAACCAUCAGAUUUCUCCCACUUGUACAACAAUAAAGGAGCCUACCAACAGAAGCAGCCAAACCAGGCAGUGCAGAAAGAGGCAGCAACAAUAUCAAAACAUCCAAGUACAGCUGCACAGUUCACAUCCGAUCCCUCAAACACAUCCAUCCAGGAGAAAAAACCUCAAACUCAGUUGACAUACCGAAAGAACUGUUCAAGUCCUAACAGGACUGGUGUUGAAUCCAAGUCAACUACACCUCCCCAGUCCCCACCCAGGACACCCCAGGGCUUCCCACACAGGCCCUCUAUGUACCUCAUUUCCAGGAAUGUCUCUGGAGUGCCUAGACAUGCACCAGCAGGAUCCACCCCAGCGAUACAAACAUCAGCAUGUUAUAGCAAACGUUCCUUGGGACUACCAGUAAAAACUAAUGUAACAACGUCUGGAGUCCCUAAAGUGCCUCCUUAUAUUCAGCAAAGCUCUUUCAACUCUAACCCCAAAGAGAGCUCAAUAUCACCAAAGCUUAAGCCUAAAGGAGUUCGACCCAAGAUCAUAACCUAUGUCCGUAAGAAUCCCCAAUUUACACCCCCGUCUUCUGAUAGAUCGUAUCAGGUAUCAUCCCUACCAUCUCGGCUUUCGACAAGUGUCCACAGACAAAUACCCACUCCUUUCAACAGCAUAGCUAAAGAUCCUUCUAAGACUGAUGCAGAAAACCUGGGAGUCCCAGUACUCAAUGCCUCCAAUGUUAUUUUUAACAAGUAUUGCCAAGAAAUGCAGGUGAACAGUUUCCCAGCAAGACUGCAGAGUAGGAGCCUCAAGGCUCCUGGACACACAAACACAGGCCUCUUAGCACAUUCACAGAGUCAUAAUCAGUCUCCAAAACAAAGUAGCAGAGUGGACAACUUAUAUGUGGCAUCAAAGAUUGACAGGUCCAUGAGUUUAAAAGGCAGCUCUGCUGAAGAUACCUUGGGCAGGACAGCUGUGCAGGUUGGGGGGAGCAGCAAUCUUUUCUGCUCGGGCAGAGGUUUACGUCUUGGUUUGGGAGCUGUCACCAGGUCAGCCUCAGUCUCAGCCAAGAACAGAGCACCCAGUCCAGGACAGAGGUCAGCGCCGGUCCUCAGCCAGCAAGUCCAGCCUGUCAGCCCAGCAACCAGCCAGAAAAUCCAAGAUAACACAGUCUGGCCUGGUCUGCGAGCUGCAGCAGCAGUGCAAGGUUCCACUCCAGUUUCUUCUCACCACGGGGCCCCACUGAAGCUGCAGCAAGAUCACCAGAAUAACCAGCAGAGGGAGAAAGAGGCGGCUGAGCAGAAAGAGAAGGGAAUCCAAGCAGAGGAGAGAGAAAAGGUGGAGCAGAGACAGGAGCGGCUGCAGGGACACGGUGAACGGCAGGAGAGGCAGCUGAAGAUUCUGACAGACCAGCUGAAGAAUAUGUCUUUGGGUCUUGAUGCCUUCAUCAUCGUCUCUCAGCAUUAUUGCCUCAAGAAUGAAACAGCUGAGGAAUGUCAAAGAAAACUGUCCCUGGAGAUCCUAAAGAUGAGACAGGAUAUGACCUCCCAGGCUUUGCAAGGGGAGAGACUUGAGCAGAACAAAGCAGCGCUGGAUGUAACGUUUGAGCACCAACUGCAGGAUCUCCAGCUGCAGCAGGAGGCAGAGCUGGCUGCUUUGGAAGAAAAGCUCAGGAAGUGUCACACAGCCGACAUCGAGCACCUAAAAGUGGAGCAACGAACAAAGAUGGAAGAGCGGACAAGUCACCAACAAGAGCAGAUGGAGGAAAUGACAGCCAACCACCAGGCAGCCAUUGAAGAGCUCAGAGACAUGCAUGAUAUCACCAUGGCAACACUGCAUGAAGAGCACACCCGCACCAUGAGAGAUUUGAGGAAAGCUCAUGAGCAACAAAAAAGUCUUCUAGAGGAGGACUUUCAGAAACAACGACUUUCUCUACAGGAUCAAGUGGAUACUCUCACAUUUCAAAAUGAGAGUCUGAAGGACAAAGUCAAAUGCUUUGAAGAAGCGUUGAAAAGAAGCUCAGAUGAACAAAUCAUUGAUGCUUUAGUCCCUUACCAGCACAUUGAACAAGAUCUGAAGAGCCUAAAGGAGGUUGUUGAAAUGAAGAACCAGCAGAUUCACCAGCAGGAGAAAAAGAUUUCGGACCUGGAGAAAGUGACCCAAAAGAACAUGUUUCUUGAGGAGAAGGUCCAGGUUCUUCAGCAGCAAAAUGAAGAUCUGAUGGCUCGUAUUGACAUGAACCUUGCCACGUCCAGGCAGCUGUCAGAGGAGAAUGCUAACCUGCAAGAGUCCGUUGAGAAGGAGAACACUGAGAAAAAACGUCUAAGUCAGAACAAUGACGAGCUGUUGUGGCUUCUCCACACCAGCCCUCUCAUGUCACCGGCCUCUUCACCACUGCACCGUUCCUUCUCUACAUCACCAAUUCCCUUGUCCCCGCUGUUACCCUCCUCAUCGUUCACAUGGUGUGACUCCCCUACUCACUGUCAUGGCUGCCCAAAUCAAGCUCAGUACUGCUCUCCUUCCCACAGAGCUGCCACCAAUCAAAAUUUAUCUCCCAGACUUGUCACACCCACUCACAGAGCAGCCGCCAAUCAAAAUUACCCCACCGGGCCGAACACACCAACACACCGAGCAUUAGCUAGUUACUUCAACGCAAACACUUCUUUACAAAGCUAAAAUCAGUGUUUGAAGCCCCAAUAUUCAAAUAGUGUCUCCUCAAUUUGUGGUCAUUAAUUGUAUUACAUCAAGGAGUACAAAACCUAACUUUGACAUCAAGGAGUAAAAAAAACUUUAUACACUGUGAAAGCACAAGGUAUAUAUUCUUAAAAGUCCCAUGGUCACUUCAAGCCCCCCUUGAUGUUAAGUAUAGCAAAUAUAUCACAAAAUGAAUAGUUGAAUAUGGGUCACUCUUUUAAGAGAUUUGUGUUAAUACAAAGUUUUUAAAUGUAGACAGUAUGCAUUGUAAAAAAAAGGCACAAAAAUAGUUGAUUGUUCAACCUCUUUACAUUAGUUUCCAUGAACCCCGCACAGUAUAAGGAUAAAUUAUACACCAACAAACACCCUAGUGGGGUUAAAACUCACAAUCACAGAAAAAUAAGAUGUACAUCUAUUAGAAUAAAAACCCAUAUUUGUUUAUUAUUCUCAGAUUUUUCUUUUCAUCCAAAAAAAUCCCAAGCAAAGCACCUUAUACUUGGUCCAGCCAGCACACCAGUACAGAGUGACCAGUGUUUCCAUUACACAAGUCUUUUGAUCUAGAAUUGAGUUAUAGUCGUCCCUCGUUUACUGUGGUGGAUCCAUACCCUGAAAAACUAUGAAGUAGUUAUAGUAGUAUAAGUAUAUGUA